UUAGAUAGAAUUUCGCGAUUUAAAGAACAGAUGGCGCAUAUUUCCAUGGGGCCCUCGGUCCCCCAUUUGCCUUUUUAUCAUUGUUGAGAAGAAUUAAUACAAUUAAUACGAUCUUUUAUAAUCGUUCGACUCGUGUCUCGUUUAUAAUUAUUUUAAUGAAGUGUUGUUAUGAACGGCAUGCUACCUAGUUUUACGCCGCCGGUGGUCAAACGGUUGUUAGGUUGGAAAAAAGGUACGGACGCCGACGACAAAUGGUGCGAAAAGGCAGUCAAAAGUCUGGUGAAUAAAUUGAAAAAAUCCGGCGCGCUAGAAGAGCUAGAACGUGCGAUUUCCUCGCAAAACCACAACACCAAGUGCGUGACGAUACCCAGGGCCAGACCCAACGCCGAUAUAGGCAAUUUGCAGCAGCAAAGGAAGGGACUACCCCAUGUUAUUUAUUGUCGGCUGUGGAGAUGGCCGGAUUUGCAAUCCCAGCACGAAUUACGCUCUUUGGAGCACUGUGAAUAUGGUUUUGCGUUGAAAAAGGAGGAAGUUUGCGUGAAUCCUUAUCACUAUACCAGAAUCGAAACUCCGACACUACCCGCAAUAUUAGUACCUCGUCAUUCUUUGAAUGAUGAAAAUACGUUGUUUCAACAUUCGCUCGAAGACUUGAGUACUUCGGUACCGGAAAAUACCUCGUUUCCUCACCAUAACACUAACACUUUGGGUUUACACCUACAGCAUCCGGGUAAUUACAUGGAGACUGUAGGGAUUUGCCCCAAUGGUACUACCACAGGUAUGGAAUCGCCCCCUCACAGCGUAGUACCGCCGACAGAGACGCCCCCGCCAGGUUACAUGUCCGAGGACGGCGAUCCCAUCGACAUGAACGACAACAUGAAUAUAUCCAGGAUGAGUCCUGUCGAUGCCCAGCCAGUGCUCUAUUGCGAACCGGCCUUUUGGUGCAGUAUUAGCUAUUACGAACUCAACACGAGAGUGGGGGAAACGUUUCACGCCAGCCAACCGUCGAUAACCGUGGACGGGUUCACGGAUCCCAGUAACUCAGAGAGGUUCUGUUUGGGGUUGCUGUCAAACGUCAAUAGGAAUACGGUGGUUGAGCAAACGAGGAGGCAUAUUGGAAAAGGUGUAAGACUGUAUUAUAUAGGUGGCGAAGUAUUUGCCGAAUGCCUGAGCGAUUCGAGCAUAUUCGCGCAAUCGCCCAACUGCAACCAGCGCUACGGCUGGCAUCCCGCCACCGUUUGCAAAAUCCCUCCCGGUUGCAAUUUAAAAAUCUUCAACAACCAAGAGUUUGCCGCUCUCCUAUCGCAGUCCGUCAGCCAGGGCUUCGAAGCCGUCUACCAGCUGACCAGAAUGUGCACCAUCCGAAUGUCCUUCGUCAAGGGUUGGGGGGCUGAAUAUAGAAGGCAGACGGUUACCUCCACGCCUUGUUGGAUAGAGCUUCACUUAAACGGACCGCUGCAGUGGCUGGAUCGCGUCUUGACCCAAAUGGGUUCGCCUAGGUUACCGUGUAGUUCUAUGUCAUAGAUAUUUGUGAGAUUUUCCACACAGGGUGGUUCUUCGAAGUCUCGUUGUUGUUUGUUCUUCUUCUUGGAUUACAAUCGGGGAAGAAUUGUCCUGUAUAAACUUUUACCGUAGGUUUAUGCAGAAAAUAAAAUUUUGUUUGGCAAUGACUUACAUUAGAAAGUUUUUCAACUAUUUUUCUUUUUGCUGUGAGUUUUGUUGUGGAGAUAAUUUAAGUUUAAACUUGGAAUAUAAAAAAAUCGUUUGAAUACGUAACAUUGGGAUUUAUUAGGCUGGCCGUAGACGGUAAGGAAACUUUGACAUCGGCGUGACAGAUGUCAAGUGUUUUAACGUUUUUUUGGCAUAUCUGUUGAAUGUUUUGUUUGUUAUAACGUUGUACUGCUUUCUGGAAAAGCAUUCACACACUUUUAGAUGAUUUUAUUAUAUAUUUUUGAGUUAAAAUAAACGUUGGGCGCCAAAUGUGUAACGUUAUUUAGUUGUUUUCUAUUUUAUUUGUUGUAGUGAUAAUGCGAAUGAAUGGAAAGUUUUCUUAUUAAAAUUUUCAGUUUUUGUAAGAUUGUUAAGUUUCCUAUACUGUUUGCGUAUUCCUAAAAUGCAAAACUGAUAAAAAAUCUAAAUUUAUACUGUUAAAAACAGUAGUGUUGAUUUAUUUUCUGUAUAAACGCCUUUUUGACUUUUUAUGUUAUUUCCUAGAUAUGUCAUAUUUAUAAAAAUGGCGGUACAAUUGCCAAAUAUUCAGCUGACAAGUUUCUAAAUUGGAUAGUAUUGAUUUGUUUUAUAUAAAAAUGUUAUGACAGCAUUUUUAAUUUGCAUUUACUCGGCACGCAUGCGUGAUGGAUUUAAAAUAAAAUGUCGGUUAUUUGACAUUUGACAGGUUUGUCGUUCGUAAUUCGACUUCGGUG